AUGGCAGUCGGUGAAACAGAUCACCAAGCUAUCUUCCUAGGUGUCGCAUGGAGUGUGUAUGGGCUGGCGCUGCUGCUUUCUUGCGCUCGUGUUUACGGUCGUUUUGUAAUGACUCGACAGCCUGUCGCAGACGACUAUCUCAUGCUGGUGACCAUGUUUACCAGUACCGCUCAGAUGAUUGCGUCCACACUUCUCGCAUCGUUCAUGGUUGGACGUCACUCCUGGAAUAUUACCUUGGAGGACCGUCGAAAAGCCUCGGAAUCCUACUAUGCCGCCAUCGCAAGCUUCAUCCUGACCAUCGCGCUCACGAAAAUUGCCAUCCUUCUACAGUUGGCCAAGAUUUUUCGACCCUUCACUAAAAGAGCUUUGUAUUGGGUCUGUUGGGGUCUCAUCGGGUUCGUCAUCAUUUGGACGGUGGGUAGUGUACUGGGAGAUUUAUUGGUCUGCCGGCUACCAGAUGCUAAGAUCUGGGGAAAACGGAAUUUUGUGAACAAAUGUUCGCUGAGAAGUUGGACAGUCCAAGGCGCAAUCAGCGUAACUCUGGAUUGCAUCAUAAUGAUCCUGCCUACACGCGUCAUAUGGAAGUUACAUAUUCCGUUCAAGCAAAAGUCUUUAGCCAUCGCGUUACUCGGCGUAGGCAGUAUCGGUUGCUUCUUCUCAAUCGUCCGUACGACAUCCCUUCAUCUGAUCAAACCAACAAACGACGCCGCCUACGAACUCUUUCGUAUCCCCCUUUGGUUCACGCUGGAGGCUCUCAUCGCUGUCUGCUGUGGGGCUUUGAUGGGUUCAAAGCAAUUGAUUCUACAGUGGUUCCCAUCCCUGAGCCCAAAGCCGCAUGAGGUACUUCCGCCAAUGCAACUGGAUGCGACGCCAGAUAAUCGCAAAAACAGCCGAAACUACAUCAGCCUAGAUGCCGAGGACAUCAACAAGCUCCGCCUUGAGAGCCUCAUGUAUCGUCUCGCAGUCAUCGGCUCUCCAUGGGCUCAGUUACCGAAGGAUACCCCAAGUGCUUUGGAACAGGGACUCAAUACAAAAACUGCGAUAGAACAACAGGAACGACCCAACCGCCGUCCAUCGUACACACCAUCACGACCAAAGCCUGUCCGUCAGAGUAGAGGCCGGUCAAGGCAAGAUUCGAUUAACAGCACCAUGGAAUGA